AUGACCGACUAUUCUAUCAUACUGGGGUCGUAUCUCACUCCCACUACCAGUGUGCGAUAUAUCAAGCCCGCUCUAGAUGAAAUCUUCCGGCGACACGAGGCUGCUGGCGUGGACACUCCCAAGCUACUGUAUUGUGAUAAUAAUUGUUGUAGCCAGGCCGAUACUGAGCUCAGUGGCUCCUCUGGAUUGAGGGAUAUAAUACCAGAUGGCAUGAUGGUACGCUUAGAUAGUUUCCAUCUACAGCAGCGCCUAAAUCGAGAAGUCGUUCAGCAACAUGUUCUCUGCAAUAAGUUCAAGAACGACUUGCGAAAGGCCAUAUUCAUCGAGAAUUCCAGCGACUGUCAUGCUUUGAUGAGCGCACGUGCUGCUUUGGGGAUUUUGGGACCACCUACCAAGCACGAGCGCACUAAGUAUAUCUCUCGACGGAUACCUCCUCCGAAGGAGCUCAGAGAGCGCAUAACCACGGUGGUGGAGGUCUAUGCUGAACGUGAUGCAGCUGCUUUGCAAGAGUGGAAAGCAUCUGAUGAUAGACGUAAGCUAGUUGAGGCGGGAGCUGGCGGAUGGCAGUUGGAGAAUCCUCCACCUGGGACCAGAUUCGCUCCCCUAUUGACGAGUCGUUUCUACUCUGUUCUGGAAACGCAGUGGAGACACAUAGACAGAGGAUGUCUCUCAGAUUGUCUAGAGCAGGGUCACGCUAUGAAGACGGGAGAGGCUGCUUACAGAGGAUCGAGCACUCUGAAGUUGAACACCUAUCGCUGCGCUCGUGGGAGCUCCGGUUGCGAAAAUUUUCAUUCCCAGAUGGCGAAGGCGUAUGCAUCUUCGAACCGUGUUAGCUGUUACUUGUACAACCUAAGACUACUCUGGUUGCUGCAUCGACAUAAUCGUCGAGCCUGCAUGAGGCUUGGUUUGAAGGUGCCUGAUGAAUCCCUAACUCCUCGAUCAGUGGAGGCUCUCGGUUCGAAGGUUGUUCAAGAGUGCUACGAGGACUUCCGUCUCGCUUCGGUGGACUACGAACUACCGAAGCUUGGAUAUGAGUAUUGCUUAUCGCUCGAUGAUCUUCCAGUCGACUUGCAAGAGGCCCAGAAGAAUAGACCUGAGGGUGUGGCGGGCUUUCUCGAGAUGCUCGAUGGAUUAGAGAAUGGAGAGGGUGAUGUGGAGGCGAUCGAGAAGGAUGCUGACGAAGGCAGCUCUGAUUCCUCGAUGGAUGAUAACGAUGCGGUAGGCAUGACAUCCGAUAUCGACUAUGGCCACACAGUUCCUCAGGUUCCUCAAUUGUUCAUCUCGCCUACUAGAGAAAAUAAUAGUGGUGAUUUUGCGAAGCGGAUUCGACUGAAAGCUGCCUCCUCUACACCUGAUAACUAUCCAGUUCUGCACGAGGUCAAUUCCGAGAUGUCGAGGAUCUUCAGCAAGCUUAGGCUGGAAUUCCCCAAAGCAUCUGCGGCUGAACUGCGGCAUAAAUAUAUGGAGGAGUUCUUCUACGUUGAGAAGGAAGCUCACAAGCAAGAGCAACGGCAGCCGCGAGCUCUUCACCCUAUCUCAUUACUGCAAGUCGAGCAGUGGCUAUCGAGGGAUAGGAAAGACAUGAACUUCGCUGCUAAGCAUGGCUCCAUGACUCUUGAGAGCCGGGAGCAGUUCAACAAGCUCGAAUUCGCUCUUCGGCCACAGCCUACUGCACCGGCUUCCUAUGCUGAGGUUGUUCUCAAUGGGGAUACGCGCCUCGACCCGGGGCCACGUAAGGUUGGAGUUGAAGACUUGGAGUAUGAAUUGGAGCGGCAGAGGCAAAAAAAAGGCAGUAAGAGGAAGAGGGGUAAGAGGAUUCGGAAGCAGCUGAGGAGGUGCAAGACGUGUGGCGAACUAUUGCGGAAGGGUUACAAUAGUCAUAUAUAUGAUGAGAACAACAGAUAUGGGCGCUGUCCUCUGGACAGAGGAGUUAAUAUCGGAGCAAAGGAGAAGAAAGAAGCCGAGGUAGCUCGUCUGGAGAGGAUUGAAGUACAAAUCAAAGCUAACUUGGCGGGGGCGGUAGUGCUGGAUCCUGAUGCUCCUGGAAGGCGCUGUCCACGCUGCGGUAAAGCGCAGUUUAAAGUGGUAAAAGAGGACGAGUCUGGUUACGCACAAAAGAAGUGGUGCCCCCUUCUCGACACCGUGGAGUCACUCAUCGAGCUUGAGAGUGUUCAGAGAGAGCGGCAGAGAGAGCGAUGGCGGAAGAAGAAUGAAAGAAGGAAGGCUUCAGAGUAA